AUGAUUCCAAUCUUUGAGACACUUAUUUAUCCUACAUUGAAGAAAUGUAAUCUACUUGUAAGGUAAACUAUGGAUGCAUUUUACCUUCCUCCUUACCUUUGAGUCUGUAGACGAAAUCCUUUCAUGUGACCCUUUAAAUGAAAACUUCUGAGCAGUUCUUUCCUGUGGCACUUUUUAUUAGUUCUAACUUUGAGUCUGUGGAUGAAAUCCUUUAGUGCAUCCAUUAAAAUUAAACCUCUUCAGUAGUUCAUUGACAUGGGGCUGUCUGUUUUCAGGAUUGUACAAAAAAAUUAAAUUUUCUGGCUGUCUUGUUUUUUUCAGGCCUUUACAGCGUAUGUGUGCAGGGAUGCUGCUGGCAGCAUUCUCAUUUAUGAUGGCAGCCUUUGUUCAAAUAGCAAUUCAAGUAAGUAAUGAAGGGAUUUGAAUUUUCUCUAUUUUGUCUUCUAAGGGGUUAUCUUCUCACCAGUCAAGAAAUCAAUGUGACUUAUACUGUACUGUUUUUAGCGGAGUUAAUCUCUGAUCUUGUGUUCUUUUACAGAACAGCCGCGUGGCAGUUAACGAGGCACCAAGUUCUUUUGCCAAUCUUCGUAUUAUAAAUGCAGGUGUUUGUCCCAUCAAUGCUUUCGGCCUUGGUCUGAAUGCUGAGAUACCCGCGAUGCAGGUAGGGAUUUUUUGGUGUAUUUGCCACUUUAGAAACUAGUACGAAACAAGGCUUGCACUGACUUCUGGGAUUGACUUUUCUGGUAAAAAAAAAAGGACAAUGAAGAAUUCCGGGGUGCAGUGUGCAAAGAAAGUGGUGUCCGAUAGCCCGGGGCUAGUGGAUUUUGCUAUCGGGCUAGUGACUUCUGUUUUUAACUUGCCCGACGGGCAAGUGAUCUUUCUUGAGGAAUUCGAGUAAUAGAAGAACUCUAAGAUCAAUUCUGCUCUUCAAAAAGCUUUUGGGGCUAGUUGAAAUGAGGUCUGGGCUAGUAAAUGUUAGCUUCAGCUUAACCGAAUGGCAAGCUGUAAAAAUGAUUUUCUUUGCACCCUGGGGGUGUCUAUAUUUUGACAAUACUCGAAAAAACUUUAAAUCAAAUCUCUUACUAAUAGUCGUUCUCGUGCUCGAAACUAAAGGUCUCUACUGUUUGCUUUAAAGGCUUCGGAGUAUUAUCGUGUGCCUGUUACACUGAGUAACAUAAACGUGAAGACAGUGAACUGCGCGAGUGAACUCACGGACUCAUUCGAUGUCACACUUAAAGACAAAGGCGCCUCUUCUUUCGUUGUUGGAAGUGAAAAGAAUGCCUUGAUUGGAAAGAAUGUAAGUUAAACUGUAUGAUGCUAGCUUGAUUGGUUGUAUUUGUAUCCUCGGUAGCGAUCUGGAACUAGCUUGAAGUCGAGGCUCAUCCGGGGAAAUGUGUAUUUUAAUCACGUUGUCUUACGGGAAGUGAAAGGUCUAUUGAUAUUUCUGCGUACUUUAAAUUUAGAGUCAUGCUGUGGUUAAUUUUUUCUUUUCUUAAUUCUAGUUGGAGGAUAUUGUCGAGCCACUUAAAGGAGGAGUAACAAAAGUUAGGUAAGACAGAAAAUGUCAUUGGAUAAGACGAGAAUUUUGCCCAAGAGUUGAAUUCGCCACUUCACCGACUCAAACUCUUCACGCUGCACUUUAGAGCUUGGUGAAAAUAUAUCGAUAACAUUACUUGUGCAUUUUCAUCCACGCCUUAUUGACGCGGUAAAAAUUGUUUAGAUAUCACACCGACUUAAAUGUACGGGAGCAUUCGUCAGUCUUUGGUUUAGUAUUGAACGCUAAACGAUGAAGAAUAGAACAUUUUACAGUUGUGGACUUAGUACCUCAGCCUUCGAGUGAAUGUGAGGCUGACGGUGACCUUGUUUUCAUACAAACCUCCUUUGCUUUUUUAUGGAAAUUGCCCUUGAAAAAUACUAGUUAGCAUAAGAAUAACUUGAUUUACAUAAUAAAGCAGGAAGGUUUGUAUCUAAACAAGUUCACCGUUAGCCUCGCUUCAUCCAUAACUGUAAAAUGGCCUAUUAAUAUGCGAGCUAAAUUUUUUCCAUUCCGUUGAAACUGGACUUCCUUUCAUUUUUUUCAGGUUUUUGUUCACGGGUGGAGAUUUAGCUUCCUCAGUGGAUAUCCAUCUUAACAAAUCGUUAACGUACAAAGGAGUUGGGACCUUCUUAGAUUCUGACUAUAAGAAACUUCAGUCAAAGAGGUAAGCGGAAAAGUAAUUAACUGUACAUGAAUUUUUUUGGGGAUCUUUCUUUUUUUAAACGGCUGUUAUUGACCGAUGACGCUUCUCUCCCCACGCCAGCUCGCGAGGUCGCGAGGAGACACUCGAGCUUUCCUUUUAUCCUCUAUUCCGAUUGGUCGACAACAAAACAAAAGGUUUACGUCACAAAUCGUUUGGCGGGUGGGGUUCGCCGACGAAAUUUUUGGGUGGAGAGAAGCAAUGACAGGAAAUACGUCUGUGUUCGCAUGCUAUACAGAAGCAGGCUUUUUAACAGCUUUUUUGUCAAUGAGAAGUUAAAGCAACCACGACUCGACUCGACUGCGAGUGGCUCGGUUUCUCUCUCGAGGUCCCAGAGCAAGGUCUCAUUUCCUGAACAGCGGCCGAUAAUCGAGCUUUGCGGUAGGUAUUUUAUGUACAGGGCCAUAUACUGUACCACAACUUCAACGUUAACGCAACUACCUUUAAACUUUACCUUAGGUGCAAUAUAUGUUCCCAUACAUGGAGUACCUUACCGCGCCUACGACGGCGACGGCUGCUUCAACUUUUGAAAUCAUCAGGUUUAAUAAGCAAGUCAUCAACUUUGCACGUGCAUUACACGUGCCUUAUACAAUAGACCUUAGGGCCUGUUUACAUGGAGUGGGGGACCCCGGUGUUAGUGGGGUUGGUUUCUUUUGUUUUCACGCUCUGGGGGACACAAAACAAAAGAAGCCUACCCCACUAGACCGGGGUCCCCCACUCCGUGUAAACAGGGUCUUAAUCAUAAUACCCGCCAUCUUUGCACGCGCUAAAGGGCUGAUGGGUUAAAAGCAAUGUCACGUGGUGUCUCAGGGGGCAAACAAGUGAUAAAAUCUGCCGAUACAAGAAAUCGAGGUUGUGUUUGUUUAUCUUAGACAAUUGAAAAUGAAGAACGUAUUAUCUUAAGGACUGCACGAGUAAGGUAACAUUACAAAUGCGGAGGUUUAUUGACAACGUAAACACACGACGACGAAUAUAUUCUUUCAGGACCUUUCAAAGCUUGGAUGUGUUCCUCGAGAAUUGAACUUCAUUAAAAUUGACCGGGACUAGCCUCCUCCGUAGGCAUCAAUAACUGUUGCAAAAGGGGUUGCCUGAUGAGGAGCCGAGAACGGAACCUUAAUGAUAAAUGCCGAGAAUUCAAGACUCGGUUAGCUUCUCUCCCUCCGAAAAAUAGCUAUCGGUUAACCUUUCGCGGUAUUCGUUGUUUGUGAAUUGACCGUUCUGUACCCCUUCUCAUUUCUAUGUUGGAUUGGAAAAGUGCUCAAAGUUUUAAAAAAUAUCUGAACCAAACAAUAAUCUUUUUCCUUGUUAGGUAUUCAUUAAAGGUCAUGGAAGCGGGAACAGAUAAAGCACUUUUGGAUCAGAAAAUGUACUUUGCCAGUGGCGGUGUCUACUCUGUUGUGAUUCAACCAAAUCCUAGCAAAAAGGACAAGGUUAGAAUUUAGUUUUCUCGUUUGCGUAAAUUCCUGAUCAAACAGUUCCAUCAUUGUCACAAUGUUGGCCUUGUAUUGUCACAACAUUUGUGGCUUUGCCCGGUCAAUCACAUUUUGUUUUCGUUUCCAAACUGUUAUGCCGUGUGGGAUUUCAAUUCAUGUUAAGUGGAAACAUGGGCAAGGAUUUUAUAAAAUGGUCAGUUUGUGUAAAAAUAACUUUUCCGUUUUCUCAAAAUAAUGAAGUUCUUUUUGCUUGCGACUCUUUUUGCCUUAGCAAAAUUAAGCUGUCAAAUGGCGCCAAGCUUAAGCGGCAGGAUUAGCUCUUUCGGUAGAACGCUUUACUGUGCGCGGGAGGUCGCGGGUUCGAUUCCCGGGGCCGGACCAAUACUCAGCGUCUUUAAAUAACUGAGAAAUGAAGGUGCUCCCUUUGCCCUGCAGGCGGCUGGACCUUCGCGUGGCUCGGAUGACCACGUAAAAUGGCGGUCCCAUCUCAAUUAGGAGACGUAAAAUAUAGUGUCCCAAUUAGCACUUUCGUACUAAAUACAUUGACACUCAAAGAAAGUGCAUUUUUUUUUCAUGUCAAAACGUUGACGGUAUGAAAUCUGCCAGCCUCCAUCACUUCUGGCAUUGUGACAAUAUUGAGCUUUAGCAAAGGCGUUUUUGAGCAAUGCACGUGAACCGGAAAUGGUCUUUUUUCAUUUUCGGAUAGUGGUUUCCCCUAUUUUUUGUAUAAAUCGUCGCUAUAAUAGUAUUGACGCUUAGAAAUAAACAUUUGGUAGCGUCAAGGUGCUUUAGAAUGAAAAAGACCUCACUUCCACUUGACGUGCGUCGCUCAAAAACGCCUUAUAGCGGAGGAACUUUGUACCUGCUAUUCUUGUGGGGCGGGAGGGCACCGUGUCUGUUGUUUAUUUAAUUCUGAGGCCUUAAAAGAGGUCUUACGUCUACUAGAUAUAGGACUGAUUUAGCAAAGACAACACAACGACAAUGACGACUGCGCAUGCACAUCUAAAACCGACUUGACCAAUAGCAAAGCGGCAAAUUGAUCACCGGAAAUCGCGCUCAGUUCUUUUCGCGCGCUUUCGCUUUUUCAUUUUACAUUGCGUUGUUUUUGCCAUAAGUUUCCAUUUUAGGGCCGGUGUGAUGGUCAGAAGUAAGUUGUUAUCGGUUCAAUGGGCCAUUUCUCGAGUUCCAAAAAAUCUCACUUUCAAAGCGAGGAUAAGUGCGAAACCAUUGAUAUGAAAAUGAGUUUUUAUUUUGGAACUCGGAAAUGGCCUAUAAGAUGAGUAUACUUACAAGGUGCCUUGAAAACUAUUUCUUAGCUCAUCGCUAUCAAGUUCGCGGAUGUGCAUCCCAUGUCAAUCUCCAUGUUAUGGCAGAUUCCUCAAUAUCUCACCAUAACUGCAGGAGAAGUGCUGUUUUCUAUAACUGGACUGGAAUUCGCCUAUUCUCAGGUAAGCUAUCACUUUCACCCCUUCAACCGAGAGUGGUCCCACUGUACUAAAAUAAUUGCGUGAAUAUACGCGCCGUCUUAUCGAUCAAGAAAAAAUGGCCGAUUUAGCGUGUAAAAUAAGCCUUUUACGUCGCUCAUUUGCCAUGCUCUGUUAAUUUUCUCCCAGGCUCCCGUUAGCAUGAAGUCGUGCAUUAUGGCUGGCUGGUUGCUGACUGUCUCCGUUGGAAACGCUAUUGUUGUUAUAUUUGCUGAAGCACGUCUNUCCCAUGUCAAUCUCCAUGUUAUGGCAGAUUCCUCAAUAUCUCACCAUAACUGCAGGAGAAGUGCUGUUUUCUAUAACUGGACUGGAAUUCGCCUAUUCUCAGGUAAGCUAUCACUUUCACCCCUUCAACCGAGAGUGGUCCCACUGUACUAAAAUAAUUGCGUGAAUAUACGCGCCGUCUUAUCGAUCAAGAAAAAAUGGCCGAUUUAGCGUGUAAAAUAAGCCUUUUACGUCGCUCAUUUGCCAUGCUCUGUUAAUUUUCUCCCAGGCUCCCGUUAGCAUGAAGUCGUGCAUUAUGGCUGGCUGGUUGCUGACUGUCUCCGUUGGAAACGCUAUUGUUGUUAUAUUUGCUGAAGCACGUCUGACGGACAACAUGGUAGGUUCAAGUUGACACUUGCUUCGGCCUCGUUCCUAGACCUUUUCCCUGGGAACGUGGGUGAUGCUAGGUUUGUUUUUAAAACAGUUGAGGCUGUGUCCGCACCAAUUAAAGUUUUUCACUAAUGCGUUAGCAGUUUAAAACGAUACUAAACGCGCGCCGUUUACAAGGGCGAAAAAAAUGGAAUGCUCGGAUAAAAAGGUGGUCGGCUAGGAUAACAUUAAUGUGCAAUUUUCUCCGCACCUUUCCAAAAGAGUCCAUGCAUAAGCGCCUUUGGACCUCUUUUGGAAUGAAAUGGAUAAAAAUCGUUUCUGUACCUACAUUUUCGUUUCCUUUUCAAGGUCUAAUGCCCCCAAUCUUUUUUGCAAUAGAACUAGGGUUUUAUCAAUAUUGGUCAUGAAAAAAGACGCGUAAACAGUCUUUAACCCAAUUGCCCGGUGCUCUUCAAUAUCAUGCCUUUUUCUUUCGGCUGCGUUAAAAAACUUGUACGUGUAAACUAUCAUGUUUUGUCAGAACCUAUACUAGUUUCUACCCUAGCCGAUCCGCGUCUUUUGACUAGUGAAAAGGCCUUCAGCAAUUUAAAUCAUUCAUGUUAACUGGAGAGGAAGCGUAACCCCUAGGCCCACAGGUCUCCUGUAGGCGUCUUCGCCUCUAAGUGCCCUACAACCCUUUUUGCUUAUUCCUUCUUCCACCCUUCUACUUUACGUAAGGUAAAGUUAUAUGCAGUGAAACUGUUGGCAAAACUUUUUCUGAUUGCUUUUCCCCUUUUUUUUAGGCAAACGAGUUUUUCUUCUUCGCCGGACUGUUGGCAUUGGUCAUGCUCGUGUUCAUGUUAAUGUCUUACUUUUACAAGUAUGUCUACUAUUCUGCUAAUGGCGUUGUAAGUGAAGACGUCCCGCUUCAAGAAGCACAGGAUGAGACUGAGGAAAAAAAGCAAACAGAUAAAAAUUAA